CAGCCAGCUGGGCAGAGAGAGGGCUUCCCCUGCCGGAGCAGCUGAACAACAUCAGAGGCAGCCUGUCUGCUGGAGAGGCCCAGGUGGGUGGCAGAGCAAAGGAGGAAUGGACUGUAGGCCACCUGCCACCCUCCAGUCCCACCUGGCCGGGCCGCCUGGCACUGUGCACCGCCCAGUAGCCGUGUGUCAGCAGGAGAGUCUGUCCUUUGUGGAGCUGCCCACCCUGCAGCCCCCCAGCCCUGUGUGUCUGGAUCUCUUUCCUGUCGCCUCAGAGGAGCUGAGGGCUCCCGGAAGCCGCUGGUCCCUGGGGACCCCUGCUCCUCUCCAAGGACUGCUAUGGCCACUAUCCCCAGCAGACCCAGACACCGAGGUCUCCACUGGUGGGGGAAUGCGGCCCAGCAGGGCCGGCAGCUGGCCCCACUGUCCUAGUGCCCAGCCUGCAGCUCUGGAAGGACCCUGGAGUCCUCAGCACCCACAGCCACAGCGCCGGGCCAGCCAUGGCUCAGAGAAGAAGUCAGCCUGGCGCAAGAUGCGGGUGUACCAGUGUGAGGAGGCCCCUAGCAGCCCGGAGGCCCAUGCAGUCUUCCUGGAGCCUGGCCAGGCAGCAGAGCCGGCCCUGAGCACCGAGGAGCCUAGGACCCUGGAGCUGUCUGGGCCCACCCGCGUGGGCAUCGAGGGGCCUGAGCGGAGGCGCUUCUCAGCCUCGGAGCUGAUGACCCGCCUGCACUCUUCCCUGCGCCUGGGACGAAAUUCCGCAGCCAGGGCACUGACCCAGGGGUCGGGCACCACAGCAGCCCGAGAAGGGAAAGCGUCUGCAAGGGAGUCGCGCAGUGCAGAGCCGAGGGUGGACGGCGUGGCGACGCCAGCCCCUGCUGACCCGAGCGCGGGCCAUGGAGGCUGGCCCGAGCCCAGGCUGGACGCGCAGGAGGAGCCGGCUCUGGGUUCCAGGAGCGGCAGCGAGCGGCGCCAGUCUCGGUUUCUCCUUAACUCCGUCCUCUACCAGGAGUACAGCGACGUGGCCAGCGCCCGCGAGCUGCGGCGGCAGCAGCGCGAGGAGGAGGGCCCGGGGGACGAGGCGGAGGGCGCGGAGGAGGGCCCGGGGCCCCCGCGCACCAACCUCUCCCCGAGCAGCUCCUUUCGGGCGCAGCGCUCGGCGCGGGGCUCCACCUUCUCGCUGUGGCAGGACAUCCCCGACGUGCGCGGCAGCGGCGUCCUGGCCACGCUGAGCUUGCGCGACUGCAAGCUGCAGGAGGCCAAGUUCGAGCUCAUCACGUCGGAGGCGUCGUACAUCCACAGCCUGUCGGUGGCCGUGGGGCACUUCUUAGGCUCCGCGGAGCUGAGCGAGUGUCUGGGGGCGCAGGACAAGCAGUGGCUGUUCUCCAAACUGCCCGAGGUCAAGUGCACCAGCGAGAGGUUCCUGCAGGACCUGGAGCAGCGGCUGGAGGCAGAUGUCCUGCGCUUCAGCGUGUGCGACGUUGUGCUGGACCACUGCCCGGCCUUCCGCCGAGUCUACCUGCCCUACGUCACCAACCAGGCCUACCAGGAGCGCACCUACCAGCGCCUGCUUCUGGAGAACCCCAAGUUUCCCAGCAUCCUGGCUCGCCUGGAGGAGUCUCCUGUGUGUCAGCGUUUGCCCCUCACCUCUUUCCUCAUCCUGCCCUUCCAGAGGAUCACCCGCCUCAAGAUGCUGGUGGAGAAUAUCCUGAAGCGGACAGCACAAGGCUCUGAGGAUGAAGAUAUGGCCACCAAAGCCUUCAAUGCCCUCAAGGAGCUGGUGCAGGAGUGCAAUGCCAGUGUGCAGUCCAUGAAGAGGACAGAGGAGCUCAUCCACCUGAGCAAGAAGAUCCACUUUGAGGGCAAGAUCUUCCCGCUGAUUUCCCAGGCCCGCUGGCUGGUUCGGCAUGGGGAGCUGGUGGAACUGGCACCCCUGCCCGCAGCUCCCCCUGCCAAGCUGAAGCUGUCCAGCAAGGCAGUCUACCUGCACCUCUUCAAUGACUGCUUGCUGCUCUCACGGCGGAAGGAGCUGGGGAAGUUUGCCGUCUUUGUCUACGCCAAGAUGGCCGAGCUGCAGGUGAAAGACCUGAGUCUGAGGCUGCAGGGCAUCCCUGGCCACGUGUUCCUACUUCAGCUCCUCCACGGGCAACACGCAAAGCACCAGUUCCUGCUGAGGGCCCGGACGGAAAGUGAGAAGCAGCGAUGGAUCUCAGCCAUGUGCCCCUCCAGCCCCCAGGAGGACAAGGAGGCCAUCAGCGAGGGGGAAGAUCGCCCCCAGGUUCAGUGUGUCAGGACAUACAAGGCCCUGCAGCCAGAUGAGCUGACUUUGGAGAAGACGGACAUCCUGGCAGUGAGGACCCGGACCAGUGACGGCUGGCUGGAGGGGGUCCGCCUGGCAGAUGGUGAGAAGGGGUGGGUGCCCCAGGCCUACGUGGAAGAGAUCAGCAGCCUCAGUGCCCGCCUCCGGAACCUCCGGGAGAACAAGCGGAUCACGAGUGCCACCAGCAAACUGGGAGAGCCCCCGACUUGAUGGGCAGCCGGGGUCUGGGACCCCAGCUCCAUGCCCGACUCCUGGACAGGUCUGGAGGAGGCCUGCAGUGUGUCUGGGCCGCAGCUGCUGCAGCCAAGACUUCUGUUCUGUGGCCCUGGCAUCAAGAGUUAAGGCUGGACGUGGCAGGGGGGUGCCUUGAAACGGUCUCCCCUGUCCUCACAUCUCAUGUCCACUCUUCUGGACUGAAGGUAGUGUCUUCUCUGGCAUGGGGAUCACAACAGGUGGCCUCAGUUUCUGGCAAGGACAGGUGUUCUCUCCCUUUCAUGCUGGACCCUGUUGGAUUCUCAGUCCUUCGAGCAGGGCCUGGCUGGGAAGGCACUGGUGUCGAUGGGUGUUGGGACCUACCUUUACCCGGGGUCUUCUGGCCAAAGAGUACAUGGGCCCUGGUUGCUGUGACUUGUCUGUAAAUAAACUCCUGUAAUGCCUUUGCUUGGAGGAAGUGGCCCUCUGGAGCUGCUCCAUGCCAACCCCCACCCAUUUCCCCUGCUGGAGAUCAGGAGGGUCUCUGGGGAUUUGCCCUCUGUGGCGCUUACUUCUCAAACAGAGGAAGGUGAGAGAGGGACUCUGUAUCGGUUAGAUUGAUUUUGGCUGCAAUUUACAAAAUAUCAGAUUCGAAUAGGCUUUAAUAUUAAAGAGAAUUUAUCA